GCUCCAAAGCCAGAGAGAGAGUCUCUGAUUUGCAGAGAGAAUCCAAAGGACAGCGAAGAAGGAAGAACGCGAAGAACAGAAACAGCAAAAUUUACAUACACGCAGAGAGAGAGAAACACCAUUUUUUUAAUUUCUUUUUGGGUUAUGAGUUUAUAGAUAAAUUAGAUAGAUAGAUAGAUAGAUAGAGAGAGAUGUGUUGUAAAUUUUGAUAAUUCCAACCAGGUCCUUUUUUCUCUUCUUAUCCAAUCCGUAAGUCCCUCGCAUUUCUUUUUUAUUUUCGCUCCUUUCUUUCUUUCUCUCUUUUUGGUUGAUUAAUUUACCUCAUUGGUUAAUGAGAAACUGGGUUGGAUUAUUAUCGAUAAACCAAUUGUGAACAGAUCUAAUUUGGCCUCUGGUAUUUGUUUAGAGGAAAACUGAAGUCUGGGCUUUUGAUUACUGUUACUUUGGAUUACUGGGUUUUCAAUUGUUUUGCUCAUUUAUAGGGGACCCAAGUUUCUGUUAUUUCAAAUACAGUGAUUCUUGUUUCUUAAUUUGGAGAAAUGUUGGAGGGUCGGUCCUGCUUGCUUUCGAGGGUGUUUUCGAGCUCCUGCCAGCAGCCAGAGGGCAACUGGCCUUACAGGAUGACCUUUCAUCAGCUCAGAGUGGAUAUUGCCAAUGGAAAGCGGCCAUUGGAGUUUGAUGGUGACGAUGAUGAUGAAGAGAAUCGAGACCGGAAGUUGUGUAAGCUACUGGAUUGCUGUGACAUGGUGGAGACGGCUCAACCUUCUUCUUGUGAGCAAUCCGAAGAUGAGAGUAAUCAGGAUGGGGCUGCUUCGUCGGAUUCAGACUCCCUUAUACAUCGGAUUGGGCGGGACAACUCCAUCAGCUGCUUAAUUCACUGCUCGAGGUCCGAUUAUGGUUCCAUUGCCUCAUUGAACAAGAGCUUCUGGUCAUUAGUUAGGACUGGGGAGCUCUAUAAGCUGAGGAGGCAGAAUGAUGUCAUUGAGCACUGGAUUUAUUUUUCUUGCCACCUACUUGAAUGGGAAGCAUUUGAUCCCAAUCGGGGAAAGUGGAUGCACUUGCCGAGAAUGACUUCCAAUGACUGCUUCAUGUGUUCCGACAAGGAGUCCCUGGCUGUAGGCACUGAGCUUCUUGUAUUUGGUAAGGAGGUCACUGCCCAUGUAAUCUUUCGGUACAGUAUUUUAACAAACUCUUGGUCUUCUGGAAUGAGGAUGAAUGCCCCAAGAUGCUUGUUUGGGUCUGCAAGCCUCAAGGAGAUUGCAAUUUUGGCAGGUGGUUGUGACUCACAGGGAAAAAUACUCAGCUCUGCGGAGCUAUACAAUUCCGAGACUCAGACUUGGGAACUCCUCCCGGACAUGAACAAGCCUCGAAAGAUGUGUUCUGGGGUUUUUAUGGAUGAAAAGUUUUAUGUUAUUGGUGGGAUUGGGGGAAGUGAUUCAAAGGUUCUUACUUGUGGAGAAGAGUAUGAUUUAAGGACGAAAAAAUGGACAGAAAUACCUAACAUGUCUCCUGGACGGAGUGGUGCAGCCAGUGAGACUGAGAUGCCUGCAACUGCUGGUGCACCGCCUCUGGUUGCAGUGGUAAAUAAUGACUUAUACGCAGCUGACUAUGCUGACAUGGAGGUGAGAAAGUAUGACAAAGAAAGAAGAUUGUGGAUCACAGUGGGAAGAUUGCCUGAGCGGGCAGGCUCAAUGAAUGGUUGGGGGCUCGCUUUCAGGGCUUGUGGGGAUCGUCUUAUUGUCAUCGGAGGGCCUAGGAAUGUGGGUGAAGGUUUCAUCGAGAUCAAUGCUUGGGUUCCGAGUGAAGGUCCUCCACAGUGGAACUUGCUUGCGAGAAAGCAAUCUGGUAACUUUGUCUAUAACUGUGCUGUAAUGGGAUGCUGAAGCUUCAUGUGUAUAAGAUUGGAUUGUCCUCCCAACACAGGAGUCUUGCUAAUUGGUAACACUCCCCCUUUCUUUAUAGAUUGUUUAUCCAUUUGGGUGGGGGAGAAUGGGGAAGAAUUUUAGACUUACUCAAGAUUCAAUUGAAUAUUUUCUUGGAAUGAGAUCGAUCUUGAGUGACUUUUUUUUUCUUUACAAAUUUCUUUUUUGUUUUCCUCCAUGUUCGUCUUCCCCCCAUUUUUAGUGACAUAAGAAGUUUCAAAGGUUGGCAUAAUGUAGGAAAAGAAUGGGUUCAAUAAUUUGAAGUACCAACACAUUGUGGUAGAUUGUCAGUAGUGCUUGCUGAAGCUUUCGUACUUAAAUACACAGAACUAGUUGUAAUGGUUUCCCUGCUUUAAAUUCAUUUGCGUUGUCUUCGAAAGAGAA